AUGUCGGUAUUCGUAUCCCACUCUGCAAUAACUUCUACUCGCACUCUCUGUUCUUCUUUGAGGAGUUUCAGUUUUGUUUUCUUUCUCUCUAUCCAGUUUGUUCAUCAUCCUGGCUUUAUCAUCGCUUCUAACAUCUUGGAUUUCAUGCCGCGUAACCAGAGGUGGAUUCAGAAGCCAAGCAGUAGCAAAAUAAAUGAAACGUUUGAUGCUGCAGAAGUUAACUCUGCAGCUUCUAUUGAGGUUAUCACAAUUGGAGUUAAUAGGUUUGUUAUUGCUGAAAACAGUGCACGAUCCUCUGUUCUUAUGCCACAGUUUGGGGGUAUCACCGUGAAUGAUGUAGCAGUAGCAACUCCUCAUGGUCAAAGCAAUGGACAGUUGUCCCAUGUUUCAGUUGGAUGUUCUCCAGUAAUAAAUGCCAACUCUUUACAUGGUAAAAAAUGUGUCUACCAACCAAAGUCUUAUGGGACAGUUUCUGGUGAUGCUGCAAAAGAAACUACCAGACAGGAAACUACAGCUCAAACUGCUGCUUUGAGCUGUUUGUUCAACAAAGAUUUGUUGGAGAAUUUUAAUGUAGACAACUCGACUUACUCCACUGCCAAAAUCAGAGCAACAUUCUAUCCCAAAUUUGAAAAUGAGAAGUCUGAUAGAGAGUUAUACUGCAGUUGGAGUUUUUGUUCUUGGAAGAAUAUUUUUUUGAUUACAGAACCUCAAUCAAGAAACCUUCAAGAUAGAUUGAGUGCGCAAUCUGUUGGCACUUUUUCAAGUUCUAGAGAAGCUAAUUUAGAGUAUGAUAAGUAUGCAACUCCAACUGCAACUGCAACUUCUACAUACCUGAACAAUGACCCAUAUGGAUAUGGAAACAUAGGAUAUGCAGGUUACUCUAGUAGUAGCUAUCAGCAACAACAGCCAAAUCAAUCAUACCCUCAACAGGUUAGUGACUCUUAUAAGCAGGCUCUGAUGAACGGCCCGAAGCUUAUUGAGCGAGAAAUGGAAUGGUUUAAGAUUUGUGAAAAGGAGACAAAGACAAAAGCUUUCUCCAAAGAAGGCCUAGGACAACAACCUAAAACGUUGAAUAAUACACAUUACUGGAAGCACUUGCAAACUUGUCUUGUGAAAACUGAUGAUUGCAGUAACUUAUCGAAAAGAUUCAAGACUCUUAAACAAUAUGAAUUGGCAAAAUUAACUCCCAUUGAAGCCGGUUGUUGCAGACCACCAUCUGUGGUUGAUGAAAGCGAAUAG